AUGGCGCAUCUCGUUUUCUUUCCGCCGGUCGUCGACUCUGCAGACCAAGCCGCCUGCCCCACCGUUCCCUCCGGUCCCUCUGCGAAGCGAAGGCACCAGUCCUGCGGCAGUCGCAUGCGUCCGAUCGCUCUCAACCGACCUUCCGCCUCGCCGCUUCGUCUCGCACGAGCCUUUCACGGUGAAGGCCUCGCCUUUGAGGAGGAGAAAAGAGUGCUCCUCCAGAGAAUCACCCACAAUCCAGAGGAAGAAGCGGCAACGGGCGCUACACAAUCCAUGCCCUACAGCCUCAUCGCCCUCAACGCUCCAGGCAGACCUGCUGAAGCACGUCCGCUGCUCCCCGGAAUCCCUGGACUGUAUCAUCGUCGGGAGCGCGUGACAGGACGCUCUCACGUUUCCGUCAAAGUCGGCAAUGGCCGUUCCCUCCUCAAAUGCACUCCUCCCAGUGGAGGACGCCUCUUACACUUUCCUUCAAGUUCAGAGGCGCUGCUGAAGGCUCAGGCGCCGCGCUCGUUGGCUUACUACGACAGCGCGCAGGCCUGCGGGAACUUCGCCUGUCGGACGCGUUUCGACGAACCUCUCUACGGGCGCCCACAGAGUCCACGGGAGCCUCGGAGUCGCCUCGCGAAGUCAGCGAGUCCAGGACGAUCCCCUUUUCCUUCUUCUUUCGCAUGUUUGCAGCCUCCUGAGUUGCCUACAGCCAUGCCUGGGGAUUCCUCUCGUUUUUCGCAGAGCAGAUUGGACGCCCGCGACGCCGAUGAGCUCGAGUUCACCGAGGCAGCAAACCGCGCAUCGAGCCGCGCAAGCUUCCGAGGCACUGAAGGGGCGAGACCACGGAUUCCUAGAUUUCUCACCUCCCCGCUGGGAAGGCAAGAAGCGCCGCUGGCGAGGCGCCUCACGUCGAGAUUCGUGGACAUUGACAAGGAAGGAGAAGAAGGAGGUCCUGACAGGCUGCCGUCGGUCUCCCGGCCAGUUGGGGGUUCGCCUUUGCCUCGCCGCCAGCCGAUGCGCGCUGGGGGCGAAGAAGAGAACCUCCGUGGAAUCAGCGCGCUCCCCUCUCAGGCUCAGAGGCUCCCCUCUCAGGCUCAGAGGCUCCCCUCUCAGGCUCAGAGGCUGCCCACUCGAGCGGGGGGUCGGACCGGAGGGGAGAAGGAGAGAGAGCUCCUGCGUUUCGCUUCUCAGGCGCCGCAGUUCCGGGAGACUCGCAGCGGCCUCCAAAGGGGCGGUACGAAGGCGCGACAGGAUUUCAACGAUCCGGAACUCCCGCCUUCGCGGUCUUUCCUGUCGCGGCGUCUCUUGUCACGCGCCGCCACAAUGAAGACGGAUUCGGAGACAGGGACGAGAGAGCCGGCGAAGCGCCUGCCUACCCAGGUCCGGUCUUUGUCGACUCUCAGAAGCAUGAAGACCAUGCAGCGACUUGCAGGUCCUAAGGGAAGAAAGGGACAAGGAAGACAGAUUCCAGGCAGCCACUCGGAGACCGACGUCGACAUAGUGAACGCCUCUGGUUCGAGACAUUUCUCGGAAGAAGGUCGUCUGAAGUUUCGGGAGCCCAGCCGCUUCCAGGACGUUCGCGGGAAGAGCAUGCAGACUGACGACUCGACGGAUUCUUCAGGGACUUCUUCGCCUCCUGACAUUUGCUGGGAGUCGGAUGGCGCCGACGAAGACGAGGCUUGGGGCAGGUCGCGCGAGGCCGAUGGCAGCGGCGUAGACUCUGCCGGGGCUGGAAGCUGCUUCGUUCGGUUUCUCCGAGAGAAGGAAGACUCCGAGGCAGAGACAGCAGCUGCGUCGCUCCUGAACCUCUCCAAGGCAGUUUGCGUCGAGCUUGAGAACGUCCUGAGACGCCGGGAGGCAAGGAGUGCCGCGAGGCCAGCAGGCGUCAACGACCCCCUUGAAGGCGCGUUGCGGGGCGCCAACGUGUGGGGCGAAGGGGGCGAAGCUGACGAGCGGGAGGAAGAAACCGAGAAAGCAGCCGUUGCCCUGGGUCGCUUGGUUUUGGAGGAGCUGAAGUUCGUCAGAGAAACAGACCCUGCCUUAGGUCGUGUGUGCGCCCACAUCGGCGCGUUGCUUCAAGACCUCGAAGAUCGACACGAGGCACGCGAACGAAGCUCGCGAAACCGAAGGACAGACGAGGCGUAUCAAGGCUGGCUGUCGACGGUCGAGACGUCUCUCCAGGACGCUCUUGACUUGGACAAGGCGGCGGAGAAGUCUCCGUUGGCCGUGGGGUGCUCCGACGGGUCCUACCCUGUCUUUGGCAAGCAGCGACUGUCGAGGAGUUACGGCUCACCUCUAACGGUUUGCCCCCCACUGUGUAUCCAGACGAAGUCGGCGCAUGCGCCUACGACUCCUCUCAGUGUCUCCGCGUGCUUGUCGAGCGCGAAGGCGGCGCCGGAGGGGCGCGUCGAAAAGACAGCGCGCCUGCUGCGUCUCCAAGCUCUGCAGGACGACGGGGAGCUGGAGGGGCAAAACGAGGGAUGCCUUCGGCUCGCCGCGCCUCCGCUGAUCAGGAGCAUUCGUGUCAAGGAGCCGCUAACGCCUGCAGGCGAUGGGGAAGACAGCGAGGGACAGCGACGCCCUGAGGGGGAAUCUCCCGGAGCCGGAAUGCGGGGCGACACUCCCAAGCCUGUGCGGAGCUCCAAAGCGUGGACGGAGACGACGGAGAACGUUGUCACAGGCGAAGCGCGCAACAGCGGGGACAGGAGCUUGCCGUCGCCGUCGCCAGUCAUGUCGGGCAUCUGCACAUCAUCAGGGGGAUUCGACGUUUCCCCGGUUCAGAAACGCCAGAGCGGAGCGUUUAGCGAGGUUCUCGAAAAUAGAGGAAAGGCGCCGAAGCUGGGCCUGGAGAGGAGAGACGCGGCAGGCAGAGGCAGAGCUGGUGGAGCGCUUUAUGCCGAAACUUCGCAAACGCUUGCAGAUGACCAAUGCACCGGUGUCCAUGCGCGACUCCCAGACGCUGUGGGUUGCGAAAAGACCCUCCACUUUAUGGGCCUGCCUGUCGUGGCCACCGCAGAAGAACUGAGUGCUGAGCAGCGCCUCGCACUCCGCGAGGAUGAAGACCUAAGAGAGUCUCUGGAACGGGUGCACGUUCUUGAGGCGUAUCUCCAGUCGUCUUCCGCCUCAGGCGUCUCGCGCGCUCGCCUUGGCGGCUACCUCUCCCUCAGACGAGCUCUGCAGAGUUUGGACAGCCUUCAGAUGAAGGAAGCGGAUGAGUCUGAGGACGCGGGAGAGCUUGACAGCGAAGACAUUUCGACACGAAAGAAGGCGUUGAAGACUCAGGCAGAUCUCAGCAUCCAAGAUCUCCAGUUCCUCAAAGGUCACCUUCUCGCCGAGAGGGCGAGACAGACGGAGGCUUGGAAACACAAGCCAGGCGGUUGGGAGUUCGGGCGACCAGGGAGAGCCUUGCCUGGGUCCUCUUCACCCCCGCCUCUUCCGCCGGUUGCUGCUCUUCUUCCCGGUUCCCUUCGCACAGACACAUCCGACCCAGUGCCGACCGCGGCGCCCUCCAGGUCUCUUCUGCCGGGAGACAAGGACCCACAGUCUCCACUGAAUCGCGCGCGGUCGUUUCUGCGGCUAAUGGACACGAGCUUUCGACGCGAGCGCGAUGCAUGCGCGCCUCUGUCUCCGGCGUUCUCGUCUUCUCUGUCGUCUUGCAGCCGACUCUGCUCCCCGCAACGGACUGUCUCUGCCUCAGUGUCUAGGUCUGUUGCCGACGCCCCGCCGGCUCCGAAGGCUAAAGUGUCUCUUGACCCUUCUAUAAGCCGAAAGCAACUCGGGAACUCCGUCUCCACAUCGCAGACGUCUUUCCUGACGAGCCGGGCACAACUCCCCACCCCUGUCUCUCUCGUCUCGUCACUCCCGAAGGCGCAAGAGUCCGCCGUGACUGUCUCCGUUGCGGCUCCUCCUUCCAUGGCUUCUCCUUCCCCAUCCUCGCCUCGUCAGUCAACGCGUUUGCCCUCUUCGGUCUCGCUUUCUGUCUCGGCCAAGCCGUCUGCGGGCGACUUCGUCAGGAAGCUCUCUUCGCGUCCGUUGACGAGCGCGAGUCUGACGGGGUCCGAGUCCCCGAGAAAGGAACUAGAAUCGACUUCAAGCCUAAAGAAGUCGGUCUCCUCUACGACCGCUAGCAGGCUCCAGUCGAUGCGUGUCUCCUUUGUGGCCCCCACCGUCGAGCCGGACAGCCUCGCCCCCGCGGCCAAGAUAAGCGCGGGACUUGGAGCUGUCGGCAAGUCCGAAGCAGUCGUGCCUCUCCCAGAGCCUCCGAGCAGCAGCGUCUCCUCUCUCGCGAACCGAGGAGACGAAGCAGUCGUCCCUAGCCCAGAGCCUCCGAGCAGCAGCGUCUCCUCUCCCGCGAACGAAGACGGCGAAGACCCAGCAGGGUCAGUGAAGGUUUCCAACGGACCUGAAGCGGCCAGUCCGUCGGAGUCGAGGCUUGUGCGUCAUUCUGCGAGUCAGCAGGACUCAGCGACCUCGCAUGCUGCUAGCCUGACGAAGAGCGUCCCUGCCUCCUCUGGGGGCCUGAACUCGCGGCCCGCGCCCCACAGAGCCAAGACUGCCGUAGACAGCGACGCUUCGCACUCGCCUCUAGCAACUGAGUCCCUUAGGGACGCGUUCAAGGCUGCUCGCGCCAUCACUGAUCCCUUCGAGAACUCCAGGAGAGACGGCAACAAGAAGGGGGAGGACGUGGAGGAGACAGCUCAACCUCCCUUCGUCGAAGAAGCUCGACACAGUGUACGUGCCGACUCACCUGCACCGCAAGAGACGCCCGCGGUGCAGGAACCGCCUCCAACGCUUCUUCUUGGCGCGAAGAAAAUGGUUCAGAUGUUAACAGACCAGAUCGUCACUGCGUUCAGAAGCGGAGUACCCCCAGCAGAGGACGCCAACUUCGAGCUCGUUGUUUCUCUCGGAGAGCUCAAAAACGUCCUCGCGUUCACUGACGACAAGGUCCCGAAAAAAGUCUUUUGCGUCGUCCACUACCAGAAUGAAAACGCUCAAGACCUAGUUCGCGCGAGACGUCAACGUACGAAGAGCUGCGUCGUUAAGGAGGUCUCCGAGCACGUCUACGGCUGUGACAUCAAUCAGGAGGUGGUACUGCCCCUCCGUUCGCAACAGGCAGGCAUCCGUGUCACAGUUAUGCAGUUGAAUCUGGACGAUGACCUUCUACAGUCAUUGCCGGCACUCGAGAACUUCCAGUACACACUCUUGGGGACGACGCCCCUCCUGCUCUACAGUCCGUCGAAGCCGGACACAGAAAAAACGUUCUGGUCGCUGUUGAACACCGCUGACCCAGGAGCCUCAACGGGCGAGUUGUCUGUGGGCAUCCGUCAACAACCACGGGGAGAAAAAAAGUCUGCUGCCGAUGGUCCAGUGCUGCCGACGCAGCCAUCGUCGUCACUCAAUCAAGGCGCUCGACGAGAGGCACCCACGACGGUCGUUGAAGGUACUUCGCCGGCUUCAGCUGAGACAACAGAGAAGAACGUCGUAAAGGUCUCGCCGCCACCGCCGAAGGAUGAGAAAGAGGGAGUGGAGACGGAGGACAAGAAAGAAGGGAAGCCGCCCGCUACGGAUGAGACAACAGAGAAGAACGUCGUAAAGGUCUCGGCGCCACCGCCAAAGGAUGAGAAGGAGGGAGUGGAGACGGAGGACAAGAAAGAAGGGAAGCAGCCGGAUACGGGUGAGACAACAGAGAAGAACGUCGUAAAGGUCUCGGCGCCACCGCCAAAGGAUGAGAAGGAGGGAGUGGAGACGGAGGAAAAGAAAGAAGGGAAGCCGCCCGCUACGGAUGAGACAACAGAGAAGAUCGUCGUAAAGGUCUCGCCACCACCGCCAAAGGAUGAGAAGGAGGGAGUGGAGACGGAGGACAAGAAAGAAGGGAAGCCGCCCGCUACGGAUGAGACAACAGAGAAGAACGUCGUAAAGGUCUCGGCGCCACCGCCAAAGGAUGAGAAGGAGGGAGUGGAGACGGAGGACAAGAAAGAAGGGAAGCCGCCCGCUACGGAUGAGACAACAGAGAAGAACGUCGUAAAGGUCUCGGCGCCACCGCCAAAGGAUGAGAAGGAGGGAGUGGAGACGGAGGACAAGAAAGAAGGGAAGCAGCCGGAUACGGGUGAGACAACAGAGAAGAACGUCGUAAAGGUCUCGGCGCCACCGCCAAAGGAUGAGAAGGAGGGAGUGGAGACGGAGGAAAAGAAAGAAGGGAAGCCGCCCGCUACGGAUGAGACAACAGAGAAGAUCGUCGUAAAGGUCUCGCCACCACCGCCAAAGGAUGAGAAGGAGGGAGUGGAGACGGAGGACAAGAAAGAAGGGAAGCCGCCCGCUACGGAUGAGACAACAGAGAAGAACGUCGUAAAGGUCUCGCCACCACCGCCAAAGGAUGAGAAGGAGGGAGUGGAGACGGAGGAAAAGAAAGAAGGGAAGCCGCCCGCUACGGAUGAGACAACAGAGAAGAACGUCGUAAAGGUCUCGCCACCACCGCCAAAGGAUGAGAAGGAGGGAGUGGAGACGGAGGACAAGAAAGAAGGGAAGCCGCCCGCUACGGAUGAGACAACAGAGAAGAACGUCGUAAAGGUCUCGCCACCACCGCCAAAGGAUGAGAAGGAGGGAGUGGAGACGGAGGAAAAGAAAGAAGACAAGGAGACCAAGGAAGAGAAUCCCUGAGCUGUCGAGAACGCCACUCCAGAAGGGGAGGUCGAAAAACGCGGAACGGCAGCGACUUGCGAAGCACUUGAAGGAGAAUCACAAUAAGAAGGGGAGCAGGUCGCCAUUAAGGCAGACGGAGAACAGAAAGAAGAGACAGAAUCUGAGGAGAAGCAGUCAAAGGAGUAAUAAAGGGUCUUCCGGGGAAAGCGAGAGAACCGCCUAGGCAAGACUGGAGGCAGGUGUAGGAACAUGUUCAGGCACUGCUGCAUGCUCACGGCGCAAGCGAUAAACGCGAGACUUUCCAAAUUGAACUGACGAGUUCAGUAGGCACAAACCGUAUAGGAGACAGGAUGUGGAGAAGUGAAGACAAGGAGGAAGGAGCAGAGACGGGUCUUUUGUGCGGAGAGAAAAC